AUGCCAAAUCAGUCUUCGAGGUUGGACCGAGACGUGCGGUCUGAGAUGGCCGUAGACAAGACUGCGGCUCGAGCACUCGCAGAGACGUGGCCCGCGCGUGCAGCGUGGGCAGAGAGCAUGCUGACACAGCAGGAGCUCGAUGGCUUGCUUCAAUUGCUCAAAGAGGCAAACAAGCCCUUCGACACCCUCGCGGGGCAGUUCUACAAACAGUUCCCAAAAUCCGAGCAGUUUCGAGCCGGAUGCGUCAUUUGCAUGCUGCUGCAGGACCAGCUCUUGACGCAAGCGCAACGGCUCGUUUCGUACUACCUCCUCUACGACAUUUACAGGAAUGACCGGGGCACUGAACGGGAGACCGCCACCACUCCCUUCGUGCCACUGGUGGUGGAGAUGUUAGAGACAAGCUAUGAUGGUGUGGAGCGAAAAUUCCUGCUCCAGUUCCUGUCAAAUCCACCGAAGGACCUUCACAAGCAGACCGUGAACCAGUUCGUGCAAAGCUGCGAUCCAAACGACAUUCCAGCCCUCCCAGACCUCGACAUGGUCCGGAGCAUGCACCAGGACGGAGCCCCGGCCGUUAGCGCAAGCGCCGCAUUGGGCAUCCGACCCGUCAUCAAAGAAGCGUCAGACGAACGGUAUUGGGUUCCAUCUCCGCUGCCCCCAAAUAGCUUGGGCGAGGACGUGGAAGAUGUCACUGGAACAGAGAGCAUAGAGCUGAACCCGGAGGAGCUGACAAUGCUUUCAUUGGAACCCUGCUGGGCGCGACCCGUGCCACCGCUCUUGGAGCCGACUGUGGACGAGGUCUUCUGGCUAACUCCGCCCCAUCUGCUGUCGGAGCCGCUUUGGGAUUACACGAUGUGUGCAGACACAUCCCUCGGCUCCGAAGUCAAGGAGCUUAUCGCAAAAGCGGUGAAAACACAGUUGCAGCCGCAGCAGAUUCAAAUCAUCUCAGAUGGCCUAGCGCAGGAUGCCAAGCUGGUUUAUCACUGUGGGUUAACGGCCAAAAAGUUGCCAGAACUGGUGGAGAACAAUCCCCAGAUCGCCAUAGAGGUUCUUCUAAAGCUGAUGGGCGGCUCCCAGAUAUCGGGCUACUUCAAUGCUUUGGUCAACAUGGAGAUGAGCCUUCACUCCAUGGAGGCUAUGAACCCGGCCAAAGUUUCGGAUCCACGAGAGUUUCACUCCAGAAGUGUCCGUCAUCAUCCGGUUUUGCAGAGUUUGGCACCUGAACCUUCAAGCGUUGGGAACUCCGUGAGAAGUUUUGCUGAGACAGCACAUGGCUUAUGUAGCAUCCCUCCUUGCCACAGAGCCAUGGCGGUCAGGUAUUCCAGAUUUCCUAAGUGGUUUUGA